AAGACACCUAUUGAAGCUAGCCGCUAUAAAAGUAUCUCGAACAUUCCUAGUGCUCAGUUGCUUUCCUGCGCCACUGGUAGAAGAGUAGUAAGUGGGGAAAACCAAGCCUUUCUCAGUCAUUUCAAGGUACACAAUUUCUUCCUGGAAUCAAGAUGAGGUGUCAAGUUACAGCACUUCUCCUUUUCGUCGUAGCAGUCCAAUCAAGACAAAUCGUUGACCGAACUCCAGAAAGUGACGAAGCAAGUCAAAGUUUAAAAGGCAGUUCCUUUGAAAAGCUUUACAGGGAUUACAUAAGAUAUGGUUUGCCAGUCGACCCAAACGAUGCUCCAAAACUGGAUGCCCCCAAAAAGCGCAUGGAAAGUUUGGAUGACUUGCCAGCCAAACCAAAACUGGAUGCCCCAAAAAAGAGCAUGGAAGAUUCCGAUGACUUGCCAGCCGAACCAAAACUGGAUGCCCCCAAAAAGAGCAUGGAAGAUUCCGAUGACUUGCCAGCCGAACCAAAACUGGAUGCCCCCAAAAGGCGCAUGGAAGAUUCCGAUGACUUGCCAGCCAAACCAAAACUGGAUGCCCCCAAAACUCGCAUGGAAGAUUCCGAUGACUUGCCAGCCGAACCAAAACUGGAUGCCCCCAAAAGACUCAUGGAAAAUUCAGAUGACUUGCCAGCCAAACCAAAACUGGAUGCUCCCAGAAAGAGCAUGGAAGAUUCAGAUGACUUGCCAGCCGAACCAAAACUAGAUGCCCCCAAAAGACGCAUGGAAGAUUCAGAUGACUUGCCAGCUGAACCAAAACUGGAUGCCCUAAAAAGACGCAUGGAAGAUUCAGAUGACUUGCCAGCCGAAACAAAACUGGAUGCCCCCAAAAGACCCAUAGAAGAUUCCGAUGACUUGCCAGCCGAACCAAAACUGGAUGCCCCCAAAAGACGCAUGGAAGAUUCUGAUGACUUGCCAGCCAAACCAAAACUGGAUGCCCCCAAAAGACGCAUAGAAGAUUUGGAUGACUUGCCAGCCAAACCAAAUGUUCCAGAACUGGAUGUACCUGAAAUAGACAUGAUAUUGAACGCCCCGGAAGAGGAGGAAGAUCUGUUUGACCUGCCAGCAAUAAUGAAAUGAACAAGACUCAGAAUAUCAAUUUAACUACGAAGCUAAACAUAUUGAUGCUUGAUGCUACUGCACUUUCGUAAAUUUACAAUUGGUAAUUUAUAAUAGUUAUUGACUAUUUAUAAGCUAAUGGCUAUUCGCGUUCCCUUUGUACGCUUAUUUUUCAUUUCGUUAUUUUUAUGUUAUUAUAUCAGUGAUACAUUAUCAAUAUUAGAGAUAAUCGACCAUAUUAACUUAUAGUUUUUGGGAAAAAAUUUUGUUGCGCUGUUACACUAUGAUAAUGUUCCAAUUGUUUUGUAUUUUGUAUAACAAAAAGCGUUGAAGUAAAUAAUUUCAAACAAA